CCCACUGGUGCCCAUAUACCUGUACACUGAAUUGUUUGUGCUGGCAAAUAAAAGAUUGAAGUGAGCAACCAUACAAAUUGGAUUGAGUCUACAGAAAAUUGGUCCUUCGAGCCGGAUACAAUCCAGCAAUUUAUCGACAUGUCUGUCAACGGUGAACCCCAAGCUGAAGAACCCCAAGCUGAAGAACCCCAAGCCGAAGAGUCACGACCUGCUCGUCAUCGGCGUUACCCGCUACACUUAGCCCAUGAUCACCAGGUGACACUUCCGCCUAGUCUACAGCAGCAAUCAGAAUUAUUUCAGCCCCAGCGACCAGUGGAUCCUGGCCGACCUCCCUCCAUUCGCAGUGGAAUCUCACACAACUCCUCAGCUAGAUCGUCCAGGUCGGAGAUCGUAAAGCGUCUUGCCGAACAGGAGUCACGCAGGAAACUUGAGGAGCUCCGGAGAAAAGCAGAUGAGGAGAAAGCAAGGGUCCAAUUCCAGGCCAUGCAGAGGGGAAUUGAGAUUGACUCAGACUAUAGGCAGGCAGAGAUUCAAGUAGAGACUGAGAGACUGCAACAUGAACUUGAUGUUGUUGAACAAGAAGAGCAAAAUCAAAUUGAGUCAGGUCAUAACUUGCCGGGUCGGGAUGAGUCGAUCAAAAAUAGAACAAGUGCAUGGGUAAACAAUGGGGUAAGUAUCUCUGAGCCCACCGUGUUUACGCCGGCUGGUACUGAUACCUCAGUGAAUCCUUGCACAUAUAUGCCAGUGUCUGCGCCAUUGCUGCAGCCCAGCAUUGCCACCUCCAUGACAAGUUACGUUUCUCACGGGGCGGCGAGCGCGCAAGCAACAAGUUCCUUGCCACAUUCCUUUAACCCAAAUCUUCCCGCAUUUUUACCUAACACCAUGUUAGUUCAGUCUUUGCCCACAGUUCGUUUGUUCAAUGGUGUACCAGUUGCACAGUUCCCGUCUACCAGUGGCGCACCAACAACAAAAGGAUUGGGUGGUCAGUGCUCAACGCAACGUGGCCCUCCUAGUCAGCAGCCUGCAGGGAACGACAAGGGUCCGGGACCGCCAACCAGUAGAGCAGACGUUUCCAGUGGUGAAGAGCAGAGUGAACCAAGUUCCUCGGGUGAUGAUGACCCAUCAGAGGGUGAUAGAGGUAACAAUCAUUCAUGCUGUCCUAAGGGAACUUCCAAAGCGACGGACAAGCCCCUAACUCCUGUUGCCAAUGCCAGUAACAGUCCUGUGACAGCUUUCACAGGCCCAUACGGCUGUGGCUUUGGAAUUUGGGACAGUCUCCCGAAGCUGGACAUCCCUAAGUUUGACAGUGAGCAUGAUGUUAGGCAGUACGUUACCUUUAGGACAUUGUGGGACAGCAUCAUGAAGGGCCCUAUGUGCCACCUACCAGAGGCCACCAAGUUCACCUACCUGCGAAGUCACCUUGGAGGUCGUCCACUUGCUAUCGCCGAUCGCAACCUCAUCUUGGGAGAUGGAGCAUAUGCCGCCACAAUGAAGCAGUUUCACAAGGCAUAUGGAGAUCCAGCACGAAUAAUCCAAGGCCUACUAGAUCAGCUAGAGUCUCGUCCUGUCCUGGCUCACAACGAUUGGUCUGGACUCCGUGACUUCUCUGAUGAGCUAGCUACUGCAGUAGAGACAGCAGAAAAAUUCGACUUCCGCGAUGAACUUAAGCAUCAUCGCUAUGCCACUGAACUGGUAAAGAAAUUACCUGAAAGGCUGCAUUCAGAAUUCCUUUCCAAAAUGUGGAAUCAAGACCAAGGUAUGAAAUACACCGUACAUCAUCUCAGCCAGUGGUUAAAAAAGAAGACCGGUCCUGCUGGUUUGAUCCUCCUAGAAAGGGCAAGCAAGUCGAAGUCCACCAGGGAGUCCUCACCGUGGAAGAGUCAAGGGUAG